AUGCUCAGGGCUACGGCACUCGUACAUCCGGCCAAGAACCCGGUGAAGGGCUGCGAGGCGGUCUGUUGCAGCGGGUUCGUCCGAAAGGAAGGUCUCAUCAGUUUGCAAGAGCCAAAUCUGACAGGCAACAUCCAUCCGCUGUUAUCAGAAAAAAACUUCUACCACGAUGUCGACUACGGUGUUCUCGACCAAGCCCUGCGAAUGCUAUCAAACAUGCUGGAGGUCAGCCUUCCGUUCUACUUCACCAUCUUCUUCAGCAACCUGCGACACAUUCAGGGACUUAACGACAACAAGCGAAGCUAUGAUUUCUACAGCGAGCCUCAGGAGCUCACCUGGGAGCAGAAGGAGAAGACUCGACGAGCACUCGAGAUAAUGUCCGAAUAUGUCAUGAUCGAGGUGGGCAAGGGCAGCAGUACUGCUCCGACUGGAAAGGAGCACAAGAACGCAUUCUUCCUGCGAGAGUGCCGUGUCCGCAUCGACCAAGAGGUCUACGAUGCUGUGGUGGAGGCCAGCAAGCCGAACGCUGACCCUCCCAUUUUCGCCUUCGCAAAAGAUCUCGGCCAUGAGCUUGCGCACGCCGCUGUUAUGGCCAGCCGCAAGGAGAGCAAGCUGAUCAACGGAUGGGAGGAUGCGCCUGCUUUCUACUUUGACGGAAGUCCUAUCGCAGAGGAGGGCUUCGAAUGGGAACUGAGGACCAAUGGUGGCAUCAUCGAGUACAUGCACAGUUCUCGGAGUAUGGCCCAUCAACUGCCGCCACCGAAACGCAAGCUCAAGAAUCCAAGGGUACCGAACAGAGUCGACUUCUACCAGGUGGACAGAGUACCAAGCACGUUCGAACAGAUGAUUGUGUCCAUCGACUUUCCGAGCCGAUACACCGCCAACCUGUACAACAGCUCGAACUCAGUCAUCGGUGUUCGUGGAGAGCCUUUGGACCCGAUCUGUAUGGGCUGGAAUGUUCGUGCUUUCGACAUCUACCGACUCUCCCAGCAAGACUACUGGGAUAUAGAUGUCAAGCUCAUCGGUAUCAAAGCGUUGCAUCCCACUCGUCGCACAGGAUACCGCUACGUCAGCGCAGAGGAUGGCUACUUCAAUCCUCACAAAGCGGUUAUGGUUGAAGAAGACAGGUCACCAGAGUUCCUUUCUCUUCCACGCCAAUUCAAGGUUGAGGAAGUGGAGGAGCCGGCCAUGGCAGAUAUACCGAUGUACGAGAAAGACGACGAGGAGGCUGCGCAAAUUUCUGCGGAAGCACUUACAUCAACAUAUCAUCAAAACCCACCGGCUGUCUUCGAGGGUCACGGCUUUCGACUAAACACGAUGCCGGCAGAAGGCUUCCAACUUUUCGAAGAUGCCGGUUUCACAACGGCACGAUGCAGAAGGAACUAG